UACUCAACAGGUGCGUAGGUUACAGGAGGUCGAGUCACGUAGAUAGAUUGCUAGAAAUUCCUAGAGAAUUGGUGAUAUAAUUUUGUGGAUUACUAUGCGCAGAGGAGUUCAUUCAUUGAGAUGUACGUGAGUAAAAACACCGGAAUGUACACCGGAAUGUACUCAAAUUCUGUGGGACACCCGACUCAACCUCUGAACAGUCAGAACUUUAUGCAAUAUACGGAUUUCACCGGUUAUCAUCACGUCACAGGCAUCAGUGACCCACAUGCCCAGACGACAGGUGUGUGGAACCCUGCUUACUUAGCAGGUCCGCGGGAGGAUUGGUCACCGUAUGGCCAGAGUGUGGACUUCCACGGUUUGAGCCCAGGUACAGAACAGAUACAUUUCAGUUCCCCGGAUCUGACAUCCAUCCUGCCUACGGGGCCGGGUACUCUUCCAUCACUCAACUCCCCUGCCGGGCAGUACUCUCCAGACACAGAGAGAAGAAACUCAUACGACUGGAUCAGACACAAUGUACAUUCAUCCAGUACAGGAGGGAAGACGCGGACCAAGGACAAGUACAGGGUGGUGUACACAGACCAGCAGCGCCUAGAGCUAGAGAAGGAGUUCCAGUACAGCCGGUACAUCACCAUCAGGAGGAAGACAGAGCUGGCCCUGGGCCUCAGCCUCUCAGAGAGACAGGUAAAGAUCUGGUUCCAGAACAGGAGAGCCAAGGAGAGGAAAAUUACCAAGAAGAAGAUCCAGCUGUCCCAGCAGACCUCUAAGACUACAACUACCCUGACCUUUACCCCAUCCUGCCUGGCUGACCCCAGCAACGGCUCCAUGGCAACCAGCUCUAGCUUGUUGUCAGAGACAAUAUCAAUGACUAUCAAAGAGGAGUACUGAGGAUAACAAUAUCAAACUGCUGUUCCCAUGACAAUCACUACAGAAGAUGUAAUUGACCUCAGUGAUAUGAUGAAAAUACUAUUACAUGCGUCUUGCACACCUGUAGUAGAAUGCUACGGCCUGUGUUAUGAUAAGAAGAAAGAGAUAGGGAAAGAAGAACAGGUUACAAUAUGCAAAUAUGUAUAAAAGACAAGUGCCUUAUUUGCAACUGCUUUUGUGUUUAUAUUUUCUAGAUGCAAAUUAAUUUGUAACUAAAAAAAUAACGGAAAUGUUUUGAUCUGAUCUCGUUUAAAAAAAAAAAUUUUUUAUCUUCAAUAUUUUGCUUGAAAGGUUUGAUUAGUUUUGAGGCACUGUGGAGGGAAAUUCAAUUGAAAAGAUGUUGAGAUACGAAGUAAGCAGGGCUAUUUCUCUUCACAUCCUGAUAGUUGAUCUACCGCUGGCCUCAGUUUCUCAAUCAUAUGAUUCAUCCAGACAAAUAAAUGUCUUGGAACGUCUUACUGGUACAAACCUUUGUGUUAUAAAUGACUUUACAAGUGUAUCGUUGACACCUAGGCUACAUAUAGAUGUUGUUUGUCCCGUUUUGCCAAAAUGGACACCUGAAAACAAGUGCUGAAUACCCUGUACAGUAUGUGCCAAGAUAGCCAUGAUCACAAAGGAGAGAAACCACACGCUUUUGCCAUUUACAGUCUCUCCACAAGUGAUGAGUUUGCUAUUUUAAUGUCAUAGGCAAAUGAAAAGUUUCAUGAUUGCACUAUCAAACUGAUAAAAACCUUAUCUAAGUCA